AUGGUGAGAAAACAGAGCCUGAAAAGGGCUAGAGACUUCAACUUGGGGGAAGGCGACUUUGACUUGGCCUUGUCUCUCCUCAUCGACGCCUGCCAAUCCCGUCUGGACAUUAAAUACCUCCACCAGCCCUUCACAGUCCGCUUUUAUAACCAGUACUUUAAUUUGUACUUGGUCCGGCUAUACUACUUUUUCAUGACAAUAAAUCUUCUCACCAUUCUAUUGGAGGAGCCGGCUUCAGUUGUGGUUGGUGGAAAACCAUUGCCUUAUUAUGUUCCCCUCAUGUUAAAUGUUUUGUGUGAAAUGUACUUCUUUUUACGAUGGCUUCACAUUUUCACUGUCGCGGAUUUUCGGUUUAUGAAAAAGAACAAAUCAUUUUGGGCGUCUCUUAUUUUCAUUUGUUUGAUGGUAAUCGAUGACAUUACUUACGUCAUUCAACACACCACUGGACAAGUCGAUCCAAUGCGUUGGUCACGACUUCUUAGGCCAGCGCUUCUCCUCACAUUCCCUGAGAACAAGCGAAUCAGAGCAGCCUUCGAGAACAUCAGACGCACAGCUGAAGACGUUAUCUCGGUGUUCGCGAUGUUUGUUGCCAGUCUCCUUUUUGUCAGUGUUGUUACACUGAAACUACUCGAUACACGAGGCAUGAUGAGCCUUGAUAAUGCGCCCUACCUUCCAAAUUUCGGCGAAAUCGCCUGGGAACUCUACGUCCUUACGACGACCUCGAACUCUCCUGACGUAAUUAUACCGGCCUAUGAAAAGCACAUCGCCUAUAUGGCUAUCUAUGUGUGGGUCUGCGUCGCCUGUAAUUGGCUGUUUAUGGGCAUCCUAACGGCGUCAGUUUACAACGCCUACAAGGGUCACCUGCGUGAAUUUGUGCUGUCGAGCCUGGUGAAGCGGAAGAAUAUCCUCGAUCAAGCAUUCAAAAUCCUGCAGAGAAAUGACGCUGUCUCCCGCGAUCUUUUCGUCACCCUCAUACAGAGAGUCAUGCCAAAUCGAUCGGAGGCUUCAAUUGCUCUCAUCUACGACAUCCUCGACGCACGACAGACUGGACUCAGUCAGGUGGAAUUCGCGCGUCUCACCGAGUACAUGCAGCUAAAUUUCGAGGAGGUGGUCAUCGGUAGGAGACAUUUCGAGCGCUACUUGCCACGUUUUUACACAAUCUACACAUCGGAUUGGUUUCAGCAGCUAGUGAGGUUCAUUCGCUGCAAGCCAACACGCAUCUUCUUUGACCUGAUGGUCGUGGCGAAUGGGAUUACACUAGUGAUGGCUGAUGGGACCCCACUAGAGGGCUACUUUGAAUGGAUCUUUACAGGGAUCUUCACGCUCGAAAUUGCACUAAAGUAUCUCGCCUCUGGAGGGGUCAACUUUUUUCAAGAAAAAUGGAACAUCUUCGACAUGGCCAUCGUGAUUGGCGCUUUCACCGGUCAGCUGAUGAACCUCAUUCUCGACUUGUUCGAAAUUCGUGCGCCAGCUUCGGUUGGCCAAGCAUUUCUCCUGCUUCGCCUCUUCCGUCUGCUCAAAAUUGUCGGUCAGGUGCCAAUUUUCAAGUGCAUAAUCAACUGCAUCAUCAUUAUUCUUCCAUCCCUUUGUGCGUACGCGACCAUUUUGUUAAUCCUCUUCUACAUCUUCGCGUGUGUGGGCAUGGAAUUGUUCGGUGGGCUGUUUGUUGUGCCAAAGGGCCACAAUUACACCAUCGAAAACGCGUGUCGCAACCACAACCUGGAAGGGAGUUCCUUUUUGCAACUGCACUACUGCGGCCUGAAUUUCAACGAUGCGGCAUCAAGUUUCGCCACCCUCUUCGUCCUCAGCGUCGGCAACAACUGGCACAUCCUCACGGACGGUUUCACUCGAGUUACUGACAAGUCCUACCGACUGUUCUUCCUUUUCAUCCACUGGAUGUGCGUCCUACUGGUGCUCAACAUUGUCCUCGCAUUCAUCAUCGAGGCAUUCCUGAUUGAAUACGACCCACAGGAGAGCAGGUUCGAGGAAUUCAUCGGCAAACGCAUGAGAGAAAUCCACGUUGACGCUGAGACAGAGUUAAGGAAACGAGGUCUCCAGAAUUACAGGGAGAACAACUUUUACGUCACUCGAGCCCAACUUGACAAGGCCUUUCCCCCUGAAAAAGAGGACGUACCGUUCUCGGCAUUCUUCUUUAUUCCAGAUAGCGCCUCAAUAGAGCUCCUCAUGUUUCGUAUGUUCGAGGAUGAAAUCGAAGACAUAGCCACUAACUACCAGGGAACGAGAAGCAUCCGUGUCAAUACAAUUCAUUUUUGA